UUAACAUUCCGUUUAUUUAUUUUCCAAAAAAUAAUUUACUUUCCAGUAACUUAAUUGUCCCUAUGUAUAUGUGGUAUAUACUAUGUAGGCAUGCAAUUUAUGUAAAUAAAAUUUAUUGUUGUAAUCGCGGUUCGAGUAAAUGGCGAAGAAGAGUUGGAUAAAAUGGUAAAAGGGAGAUGAGAUUUGCAGGUAUUUAACUUCUCCACUCAACAUACAUGUGUGACGGUAUGUAUAUACUCGUAUACAUAUACAUAUGUUUCUAUAUAUGUCUCUAAUAAAUAUUGGUAAGUAUAUGUUUAAACCGUAUUAUUUGGUAAUUUCCAAAUUAUGAUAAGUUGGUUUGCAUGUAUGUAUAUGUGUAUGUUUGUUUGAAUUCAUAAAUUGUAUGUUCUGCAUAUACUAAGGGUAUUCGUUUAAACGUAUAAUGUUACCCAUCGAAUAAAUUUAUGCAAAUACGCAGUGUGUUACAUGAACGCACUUCAAAUUCCUUGUGUAAAUGCCACUUAUGUAUAAAACAGCUGUUUAGGUGUCAAAAUAUUAAAAUGCCGAAAGUUAGCGAAAAAGCAAAAUUUAUUCAACUUUGGGAAAAAGCACUAGUAUUUGAUUUGUUAAUGUUGGAGCUGUUUGGAAAACAUGACGGUAAUUGUUUUGCGUCAAUGCUAAAUUUUUUAAAGGCGUAUAUGUACAUAAAUAUGUAAAUGAUUUCAGAAAUCCAACGCAAAAAGGAAGAUGAAAUUAUGGAAGACUUUAGCUUUGCAUUGGCAGCUGCUGCAUAUUUUAGAUAUGGAUCUACAUUUGUUCAUCAUUCUGUCCCAAAAUCACCCAACUUUUUAAUAGAUGUAUUACCGCAUUUGGAUGAAAACAGGUUUCGAGAAAUUGUGCGAGUCAGCAAAACCACAUUUGAUUUUAUCAUUGAUCUGAUAAAGGAUGACGAAGUGUUCAAUGGUCCACGUUCAUGUAAACAGUUCCCUAUCCAAAUUCAAUUGGCUGUAGUAAUGUACCGACUGGGUUCAUGUGGAGAAGGAGCAACAAUUACUAAAAUUGCUAGUUUGUUUGGUAUUAGCGAUGGUGCAGUAAUACAGGUCAUGACCAACAGAGUAUUUGAUGCAAUUAUUAAAAGGAAAACUCAGUUUCUGUUUUGGCCGGACCCUGUAGAGCGUAGAGCUUUAGUUGUUCAAACACUCAGUGAGCUACCAUAUUGUGUUGGCUACGUAGAUGGAACGGAGAUAAAAAUGGCGGAAAAACCCACUGUAGAUUGUGAAGCAUAUUUUUCUCGCAAGCAUAUAUAUUCACUUAAGGCUCAAUGUGUGUGUGACCACAAACUAGUAAUUUGUCAUAUGGUAUUGGGGUAUCCCGGUAGUGUUCACGACGCUAGGAUAUACAACAAUUGCGAGCUGUCCGCAAACUCCACUGAAAUGCUAACAGGAUCAGAGUGGUUAGCUGCAGACAGUGCAUAUAAAUUAACUUCGAGCCUUAUUACUUCUUUUAGAAUAAACGCAACGGAAGGCACAUUGAAUCAACGAAUUCUGUUCAACAGAACGUUCAGCUAGUACCGAAUAAGAAUUGAGCAUUGCUUUGGUUUAUUGAAAGAACGUUUUAAUAGCUUGAAAGAACUCAAAAUUCAAAUAAAGAGUGAUAAUUCGGUAAAGUUUGCAUGCCGGUGGAUAUUAGUUUGUGCGAUAUUGCACAAUAUUAUAUUAAAAGAAAACGACGGUAGUUUUGAUGUUGACGAAGAAAGCAUUAGUGAAAACAGUGAAGCCGACGAGUCUGGGGAUCAAAACUUACCAACAGUUGAAGGUGCAUCUAAACGCCUUUCUUUGUUAUCACUAAUGGAAACUUAAAAAUAAAGUAUUGAAGUUCAUGUUUACAUAUCUUUAAAAUCCAUUAAUAUAUGCUUUUAUUUACAAGAAAAAUAAAAAGUGCU